AUGGCGGAAAACAAUACAGCAUGCGUGGCAUUGUCUCACUCGCGUUCGAAGCAAGUCGCGGACCCGACAACGGCACUCAUGGAGGCUUUGACGAAAUUCAAUGGUAUCCUGACCGACGACCAAAAGCGACUGUACCAUGUCAGCGCCACAAAACCAGAUGUUGAAAGCGUCAUCGCAUUCGUGACAGAGAUCGACGCCAACAAAAACAAUACAAUGAAGAUGUGUGUGGGGUCGAGGCUACAUAAAUUCCUAGAGGCCACCCAACAGUUUAGCGACGUGGUGGGCACUUUUGUCAGCUCCCACCCCGAAAUCGCCGCUCUCGUUUGGGGCGGCGUGAAGACGGCCAUCUUGACGGCAAGCAACAUCGCAUCUUACUUCGGGAAGGUCACGAGUAUGAUUAUGGAAGUCGGAAGGUCGUGCCCGACCUACCAACAAUUCGGUCAUCUUUAUCCCGACCAUAUCGGCCUUCAGCGAGAGCUAUGCGAAUACUAUGCUGCAAUCGUCCAGUUAUGCACCAAGGUCAUCGAAGUCUCGAGGCGCCCCUUGCUCACCCAAACUAUAUCGUCGAUCUUCAAUCCCUUUGAGUCUGAUUUCAAGACCGUCAUCGACCAGCUGAAUCAAGCUGCAAAGGACGUACAGCUGCAGAUAUCACUUGCCUCAAAUCAGGUCAACGUGGAAGCCAAAAAGCUUUUAGAAUAUGAGAGCCGCGAUCAAGCGACUUUCCGAAAAUUGACAAAGACGUUCCAAAGAGACGCCCAAGCAGAGCAUGCCGAGGCGCAUCAGUGGAGGGUUCACAUGAUGAACAGGGAAGCUGCAAGCUUAAGAUCCAGCAUCAGGGAUAGUCUUUCCAAAAUUAACUACUUGAAGCCUUGGAAGCAAGCUAUACGACAGCGAGUUCCCUCCACGGCUGAAUGGCUGCUGCACGAGCCCCUUUUCCAGAAAUGGCAGUCUGACCAUGAUGCUGCAAUCCUCUGGUGCCCAGGUACGAUGGGUGUGGGAAAGACAGUGCUCAUGUCUAAUGUUGUUGCCCAACUGCAUGCCCUACGAAAGAGUAAUGAAAUCAUCUCAUAUUACUUCUGCCGCGCGGAUGACGUUCCAUCCCUGUCAGCAAGGAAUAUUCUCGGCAGUCUUGCUCGUCAAAUUCUCGACUCUGACAUCGGGAACGCCAGCAAUGAAAACCUACAGCGCCUUCGCGAAGAUAGCCGUGACCUCAACACAAUCGAGCUUGUCGAUUUUAUACUGAAUCAUCUUCAUGAUGAUGAUGUAUACUAUCUGGCUAUCGACGGUCUCGAUGAGUGUGAAAUUACCGAGGUCCGAAAGCUGGCGCAGUGUAUGGCCCAGCUCUGCAGCGCGCGCGUGGAAAACUUCAAAGUCAUCUAUACAGGCCGCCCGGAACUUGAAAGUGAGUUAUUCAGAUCUGUGAAGGGCAUAUACAAGGUACCAGUCACCGAGAAAAAGGUUGACUCGGAGAUAAAUUGCUAUAUCGACACCACCCUACGCCUUUGCUUGGAAGAGGAGCAGUUAAAGAUAAGGGAUCCAACCCUCGUUUUGAAAAUAGCCGAUGCCCUCAGAAACGGGUCCAAGGGAAUGUUUCUCUGGACGCGUCUUUUCAUCGAAGAACUCUGCGCACAAGGAAGCGAUAGUGAAAUCUUGGAGUCAUUGAAACACCCACCGCGUGGCCUGUCUGAAAUAUUUGACCGAAAAAUCAGUCGCGUACGAAACAAAGCAACGGCAAAAGAUUCAUUCAAGAUUCUCCAAUUCUGCGGUGUCGUGAAGCGGCCAUUGACGGCGAUGGAAUACCAAGAGGCCUUGAGUCUUUCUCCCGGGCAAAAAUCUCUGAAACUAGAGAAGCUGCCCAACGACAUGAAUAAAGUAAUCGGCGAUUGUUGUGGUCUUUUAUUCAUCGACGAAGAGGACAGCACCGUGCAUUUCAUUCAUCAUAGCGUGAAAGAACACCUUUUCGACAUUGCCUGCCGAUAUACCGAGGAAUUCGAUGUUGCGAGGCUUGAUUGGCACAUCGGCGUUCUUUGUAUGACCUAUCUAGAUUUCUCUGAUUUCAAGCGCCAAUUAGCGAAGUUCCAGAAGGGUUCAAAUACUUCUAUACGACCUGUCCAGCUCGAAAUAUCCGCGUUCAACAGUUCCAGCAACAUCAGUGGUCGAAUGGCUCAAAGGCUACUUUCAUAUAGCCAGAAGCUACGACACCUCCGCUCUGGAGACAUAGAGAGAAAGGCCUGGGAACAAGUUCUUGGGGACGAAGAGUUUUCCCGUCUAGAUAAAGAGCUCCAAACUCGAGGGUUUCAUUUUCUCGAAUACGCCCGAACUCACUGGAUCAAUCACCUCGCAAACCCACCUUCCACGAUUGAGGAUGCGACUUGGUCGUUAUUUCGCCGAUGUGUAGAGGGCAAAGAUGUUGUUGCAUACAGACCAUGGGAGUCAGCUCAGAAUACCUACGACGACAGAGACGAUGCACCGCCGAUGAUCAAAUGGUUGUUGACACAUUGUCAUUUUCCAUUGCUCUUAUACUAUGCAAAGCACACUCAUAUCCUGACAGAGGAUCAUAAGCGUCAUAUCCUUGAGAAAUCUAUACAAGAUGGUCAAGAUCGUCUCGCCAGGUGUAUUAUCCAACACGGACACGAUUCUCCUGAUCUCAUGAAUGAAGCAUUGUUUUUUGUUUCCAGAGAAGGAUGGGAAGAUUUACUACCAAGCGUGCUGCAAGUAGUCACUCAUGUGAAUUUUCGAGUGGAUGACCACACAUCGCUUCAAGCAGCAGUGGGAGGAGGCCAUAUCGAGGUCGUGGAACAGCUCCUCGCAGCAAAAGCUGAUGUUAACGCACCGCCUGGAAAAAACUAUGGACGAACAGCACUCCAAGCGGCAGCCGAAGGGGGCUAUCUGGAGAUCGUGGAUUGA